UUAUUAUUUAUUUUUAUAAGAAAUUUUUUCUUAAAUGUUUUUUGCACAUAUACUUUGAGAUUAUUGUCAUAUUUUAAAAAAAAUACAACUUGGAAACAUUUCAGUUUAUGUCUAAAACAUGGCACAUACAUUUAUUAAGGACGUAGAAAUCAAAGAUGAUGCACCUAAUAAUUUACUGUUAGAAAAACAUGCUGCAUUUAUUGCUGCUUAUGGCAAAAAUAAAAGUGACUAUGAAUAUGCAAUGACUGAUUAUUUACGAAUGUCUGGAAUAUAUUGGGGCUACACAACUUUAGAUUUAAUUGGAGAAAGUCAUCGUUUAAAUAUUUCGGAAAUUGUUGAGUUUAUAAAAGAAUGCCAAGAUGCUGAAAGCGGUGGCAUUAGCGCUAGUUAUGGACAUGAUCCACAUAUACUUUACACACUUAGUGCAAUACAAAUUUUAACCAUUGCUGAUAGACUGGAUGCAAUCGAUGUUGAGAAAGUAAUUAAGUAUGUCUCUUCAUUACAACAAUCAGAUGGUAGUUUUGCAGGUGAUAAAUGGGGAGAAAUUGAUACAAGGUUUUCGUUUUGUGCAGUUAUGUGUUUAUCCCUUUUGAAUAGAAUGGAUGUGAUUGACGUUAAUAAAGCUGUUGAAUUUGUAAAAUCAUGUAUGAAUUUUGAUGGUGGAUUUGGAUCAAAACCACGAUCAGAGAGUCACGCGGGAUUGAUAUACUGUUGUGUUGGAUUUUUAUCUAUAGUUGGGCAUUUAGAUUUAGUUAAUUCUGAUACUCUCGGGUGGUGGCUUUGUGAACGUCAAUUAAACUCAGGCGGUUUAAAUGGUAGACCAGAAAAAUUACCAGAUGUUUGUUAUUCAUGGUGGGUUUUAUCAUCUCUUAGUAUGAUAGGACGGCUACAUUGGAUUGAUUCUAAUGCCUUAAGUAAAUUUAUUUUAGCUUGUCAGGAUACAGAAACUGGUGGUUUUAGUGAUAGACCUGGUAAUGUUACUGAUCCAUUUCAUACAUUGUUUGGAAUUGCUGCAUUGUCGUUGUUAGGUAAUUCAAAAAUAAAACCGGUAGACCCAACAUAUUGUAUGCCGAAAUAUGUGAUUGAUCGAUUACAAUUAAAACCGCAACGACUUCAUAUUUAAUU